CCGGCAGGGCCAGGGGACACUCCCAUCGCAGGGCCCCUUUUCUGUACCCCACUGAGCUUCGGUCAGAGUCUGGGGCUCCCAAGAAAGCACAGAAGCAUUUAGUCCAAAUGCUGAGGAGGAUCAGCCCCAGAGGCAGGGACCCCAUAGACCUGAAGAGGUCUUCUGUGGCCGCACUUCCUCCUAAUCAAGCUGGCCAGGCCAGCGGGGCCUCAGCCGUGCAAAAAAGCUGGAAUUUGACCCCUGCGUGGCGGCCAGUCGCCAUGGCAGCCGGGGGUUUAUUACCAUGUCUCCACCCAGCUUGGCGGAGGACUUUCGACUUGAAGCAGGAGAGGAAACGGAGAACCUGGUUCUGAGAACCUGGUUCUGAGAGCGGCCGCCAGAGCCCCGGGAUGGCCAAGUUUCUUUCCCAGGACCAAAUUAAUGAGUACAAGGAAUGCUUCUCCCUGUAUGACAAGCAGCAGAGGGGGAAGAUAAAAGCCACUGACCUCCUGGUGGCCAUGAGGUGCCUGGGGGCCAGCCCGACGCCAGGGGAGGCGGAGCAGCACCUGCAGACCCACAGGAUAGAUAGAAAUGGGGAGCUGGAUUUCUCCACAUUCCUGACCAUUAUGCACACACAAAUCAAACAGGAGGACCCGAGGAGAGAGAUUCUUCUGGCCAUGUUGAUGGCGGACAAGGAGAAGAAAGGUUACAUCAUGGCCUCCGAGCUGCAAUCAAAACUCAUGAGCCUGGGUGAGAAGCUCACCCAGAAGGAAGUUGCCUGGCUGGAAACAAGGCUGUACCCGCUGAUUCUGCAGGCUCAGAGCCAGCUUUCCACCCCAGCUGCCCACAAAGCCACAGGCACAGGGUUUAAAAAUAGCGAGGGCUCCGCAGCAGGCGGAUCCUCUCCCCCGCUCUCCGGGGCCGGCAGCUAUGGCUCAUCUUUCAUGGGAUCGGGAAAACACGGGCUGUCCUCGCCUUUCGGGCUCCGUGGACACUGCUCUCGCUGCAUCAGUGGACGAGCUUUUCAAAGAAGCAGAUAUUGAGCCAAGCGGCAAAGUGAAAUACGACGAAUUCAUCCAGAAGAUCACCCUGCCCAUGCAAGACUACUGACCACGGUGUGCGAAGGCGCCUCCCUGGGCCUGGAAACCGAGGCUCGUUAACUUUUUAAGAGGGAAGUAUUCUUUUCACCCUAGCGAGAUGACACACAGCCACAAGAUGACAGUCCCCUCCUGUAGCAGGGGAUCACUUGCAGUAAAUGGUCUGUCUUGGCAUUAGCCCGUGUUUAAUAAAAGCUUUGCACUGAUCUUCA